UGAUUGGCUGUCUGGAGCGCAGCUUGAUGGCGUCAAACCAGGCAAGCGACCGUCUCGGACAGUGCCCCGGGGCGAAGGCUACCUGCGUGAGAAGGCUGGUUGCGGAGCUUGCGAUGGCCUUGGAGAGCUAAGGCUCCAGCCCUCCUUACAUUUAUACAUGAGUUUCCUAAUCGAUUCCAGCAUCGUAAUUACCUCCCAGAUACUUUUUUUUGGAUUUGGGUGGCUUUUCUUCAUGCGCCAAUUGUUUAAGGACUAUGAGGUGCGUCAAUAUGCUGUACAGGUGAUCUUCUCUGUGACUUUUGCAUUUUCUUGUACCAUGUUUGAGCUUAUCAUCUUUGAAAUCUUAGGAGUACUGAAUAGCAGCUCCCGUUAUUUUCACUGGAAAAUGAACUUGUGUGUAAUUCUGCUGAUCCUAAUUUUCAUGGUACCUUUUUACAUUGGCUAUUUUGUUGUGAGCAACAUCCGACUAUUGCAUAAACAGCGACUGCCUAUUUCCUGUCUCUUAUGGUUGACAUUUAUGUAUUUCUUCUGGAAACUGGGAGAUCCAUUUCCCAUUCUCAGCCCAAAGCAUGGGAUCUUGUCCAUAGAACAGCUUAUCAGCCGAGUAGGUGUGAUUGGGGUGACUCUAAUGGCUCUGCUUUCUGGAUUUGGUGCUGUCAACUGCCCAUACACAUACAUGUCCUACUUCCUCAGGAAUGUGACUGACACAGAUAUUCUAGCCCUAGAACGGCGACUGCUUCAAACCAUGGAUGUGAUCAUAAGCAAAAAGAAAAGGAUGGCAAUGGCACGGAGAACUAUGUUCCAGAGGGGAGAGGUGCAUAACAAGCCAUCGGGAUUCUGGGGAAUAUUAAAGAGUGUUACUACUUCAGCUCCAGGAAGUGAAAUGCCAGAUCUUACUCUUAUUCAACAGGAAGUGGAUGCUUUGGAAGAACUAAGCAGGCAGCUUUUUCUUGAAACAGCUGAUCUAUAUGCAACCAAGGAAAGAAUAGAAUAUUCCAAAACUUUCAAAGGAAAAUAUUUUAAUUUUCUGGGUUACUUUUUCUCCAUUUACUGUGUUUGGAAAAUUUUCAUGGCAACCAUCAAUAUUGUUUUUGAUCGAGUUGGGAAAACUGAUCCUGUCACAAGAGGCAUUGAGAUCACUGUGAAUUACCUAGGAAUUCAGUUUGAUGUGAAGUUCUGGUCCCAACACAUUUCCUUCAUUCUAGUCGGAAUAAUCAUUGUCACAUCCAUCAGAGGAUUGCUGAUCACUCUUACUAAGUUCUUUUAUGCCAUCUCAAGCAGUAAGUCCUCCAAUGUCAUUGUCCUGCUAUUAGCGCAGAUAAUGAUUGGUUUGAUUUUCAGGGCAUGUACUUUGUCUCCUCCGUACUGCUGAUCCGAAUGAGUAUGCCACUAGAAUAUCGCACCAUAAUCACGGAAGUCCUUGGAGAACUGCAAUUUAACUUCUAUCACCGUUGGUUUGAUGUCAUCUUCCUGGUCAGCGCCCUUUCCAGCAUAUUAUUCCUCUAUUUGGCUCACAAACAGGCACCAGAGAAGCAUAUGGCACCUUGAACUCGAGAUUACAGACUGUUAGAAACCAGGAUCAGCAGAAUUUGAGUCUGAGGAAAAGCAAUGGAGGGGACCAGGGCCUGCUACCUCCAGCAUACACCUUUCUCAGGUGGUACUAUGAUACGUAGCAUUGGCCAGAACAGGAGAAGGAGAAGUAACUCGAGACAGUACUCAGCAGCAAGCAUGCAAAAGUAGUGAGGGCAGGGCCAGAGGGGACUGAGACUGUACUGGAACCAUUACAUGUCUAUAGUAACUGGGCCAGACGUUCAGGUGGGCAAGGUUAUGGCUUUUCCUUAAGCGUGACUGUCAUUAAAGUCAGACUGUAACACUUGG